AUGGGGGGCGUAAGAACCGCACCCAGUGAAAUUCCACCUGCACCGGUCAGUCACGCAGAAGUACAAUCGGAGGAGGGAUCUCCCUCGGCGACCGCGCAAUCGGAGACCUCGGUACCAGAUUCGGCGGAGCUCGACGCUGUCGCCGCCCAUUACGACUCUGACCCUGAGGAGCGUAAGAAAAGGGCCAGCCAAGAAGAGACAACCCAUGAGGAGAGUGGAAAAAUGGAGAGGACGCCCGAGGAGGAGCCGGUGUCUCAUGAAGUGGAAAGGGAGGACAUAGAUCUGAACGAAUCAGCCCAGAAGCGGUCGUUGAUGACAGAUGAGGAGUUUGAUUCCAUCUUGAACCAAGUAGGCCAAGCAGCGGAAGCUACUGCCUCGGAGGCUGAGGGUCUAGACCUCGCUUCGAAGGCGGUAGGCAUGAGCAAGGAAACAGGAACAGAGACAGCAGAACCAGAGGUAGAAGCAUCCACCCUAGUGGCACCUCAGGGCGCACCCCAAUUCUAUGCAAUGGGAGAAGAAGCUAUACCUACCGGAAGGGUAGCAGCGGCCCAGGAAGUUUCAGAACAAGAGCAGCGUCGCGAAAGCAUGGAGAAAGCGAUGGAAGAAGUGAAAGAAGAGAAUCAGCAGUUGAAAGCGGAGGUGGUGCGAUUGGCAUCGGUAAUGGAAUGA